CGGGUUCUCCCCUCCCCGGUGGCAGCCGCGGCUCGACCCUCGGUAAGCCGAUGGCCCGGGUCCCGAGCGCGGGCUAGCGUGCCUGGGUGCCCGGCCAUGGGCUGUGUUGGCUCUCGGAGCCCGGCGGGUCAGGCGUCAAAUGGACUCAGGCCUCACUUUGGGCACCUGUGAGCAGCUGAUCACCUCUCACAACUCUUUUAGUUCCCUUCCCCCACUCUCAACAACAAAAAAAUCACCCUACCCUGUGGAGGGAAACAGGAGCCCAGAGAGAGGCAGGCCAUCAGGUCUUCCUUCCUACAACUGCUGACUCUUGCUUGGGCCUUGGUGCCCAUGGAUGGUGCAUGCUGGGGCCUGGUUUUAGUCCUGUGCAUCUGAGGUUGGCCAGCCUACUUUACUCCAGUGUCAUGGAUUUCUCCAAGCCUAAGGCCAGCAUUUCUGGGGACCACCAGCAGGCUGAGGCUCAGGGACAGAGACGGCUGCUCCAGUUAAAGCGUGAAGGGCCUGGAGGACGAUGGACUUGUCAGACAAGUCGCAGAGUGGCCUCGGACCCCGCGUGGGCUGUGGAGUGGAUCGAACUUCCUCGGGGCCUCUCUCUGUCUUCCUUGGGAUCCGCUAGGACCCUCCGAGGCUGGAGCCGGUCCUCUCGCCCUUCCUCCGUGGACAGCCAGGACUUGCCGGAGGUGAAUGUUGGAGACACAGUCGCGAUGCUGCCCAAGUCCCGGAGAGCUCUAACCAUCCAGGAGAUUGCUGCACUGGCCAGAUCCUCCCUGCAUGGUAUUUCCCAGGUGGUGAAGGACCACGUGACCAAGCCUACUGCCAUGGCCCAGGGCCGUGUGGCUCACCUCAUUGAAUGGAAGGGCUGGAGCAAGCCAAGUGACUCGCCUGCUGCCUUGGAAUCAGCAUUUUCCUCCUAUUCGGAUCUCAGUGAGGGUGAACAAGAGGCUCGCUUUGCAGCGGGAGUGGCUGAGCAAUUUGCCAUUGCAGAAGCCAAGCUCCGGGCAUGGUCAUCAGUGGAUGGUGAGGACUCUACCGAUGAAUCCUAUGAUGAGGACUUUGUUGGGGGAACUGACUCAGACAUGGCUGGGCAGCUGCCCCUGGGACCCCACCUUCAGGACCUCUUCAGUGGUCACCGGUUUUCUCGGCCUUUGCGCCAGGGCUCCGUGGAGCCCGAGAGCGACUGCUCGCAGACCGUGUCCCCAGACACCCUGUGCUCCAGUCUGUGCAGCCUGGAGGAUGGGCUGCUGGGCUCCCCGGCCCGCCUGGCCUCCCAGCUGCUGGGUGAAGAGCUGCUCCUUGCCAAACUGCCCCCCAGCCGGGAAAGUGCCUUCCGCAGCCUGGGCCCACUGGAAGCCCAGGACUCGCUCUACAACUCGCCCCUCCCAGAGUCUCGCCUUUCCCCCGCCGAGGAGGAGCCAGCCCCCUGCGAGGACUGCCAGCCGCUCUGCCCGCCACCGCCACCGGUGGGCCGCUGGGAACAGCAGCAGCAAGCCUCUGACGUGGCUUCUUCUGGGGUGUUGUCCUUAGACGAGGAUGAGGUAGAACCGGAGGAACAGUGACGCCAGUCAUGCCUGGUGGUGGCAUGUGUCCCCUGCCUGCUGCUGGGGUCAGAGCCUCCGUGCCCACGUGUGGGCUCGAGGCUUCCAGCAGAGCUCCAAAGCCUAGAGGGCUCCUUGGAGCACUCACUCCUCAUUGUGUGUUUUGCAUGAAAGUGUCUAGAGAGGAGGCAGGGACCAGGCUGGGGGCGCAUGUCCAGCCCCCACUCCUGGGGUUUGCCGGGGGUUGCCCGGGGCCCCUGGGGCAUGGCUACAGCUGUGGCAGAGUGAUGUCAUGUUCUUAAAUCAAAAAAUGCCACAUAUUUCCUCCUCUGAUGGUGUGAACCCCUGAGGGGCAGUUACGACUGGGCUGUGUGGGGCAGAGUGGGAGGGGAGCCUGGCCUCCCCCGCCCCUCCCUCUGCCUCUCUCCUCUCUGCUUCUCUCCUCACCUCCAAGUCCACGUGCAGUGCUUGAUAGAAUCACCCCCACCCGGGGAGCCUACAGAUUGAGCCGUCCCCCAGGGCCCCUCUCCCAGCUGGGCUCGUGCUGUGCUUCACCUCUCCAUUGUCUCUAAAUCUUCUUUUUUCUAAAGAAAAAGAGGGCUUUUGGUCUGUUCUUUCAGUCGGAUCUUCUCUGGGAGGCAUUGGAAUGAUGAAAGCCUGUACCCUCCACCCUUUUCCUGGCCGCCCUGAAUGGGUCUGGGCCCUUUCCCAGUCCCUCAUAGGAUGUGUGGGAAGGGGCCCGGUGGCUCCCAGCCCACCGGGCUGCUGCAUUCACCCAGUUCUCUUUAGGGUGCAGUUCCUGGAAGAGGGGAUGGCUGUGGUUGCUAAGAGCUGUGACUUCGGUGUUCUUCCAGGGAGGGCCACCAGGGGGCCACACAGGUGGCCAGACAAUCGUCUGCUGAUGCCUGAGCAGGGCAGGAAUUGUGCCAACCGGUGACAGUCAUGAGGGAGUGUCUCUCCUUGGGGAGGAAGGAGGGCAGUGCCUUUCUUGUCUGAAGGAAGGGCCAAAGCGAGAGUGCUGGGGGCAGCCAGGGUGCUGAUGGCCAAGCAGCAGAGGCCUCCGCAGAUCCUGCAUUUCAUGGAAGGCAGGCGCUAGAGUUUUAUGGCCACGGGGUGUGGUGGCUACAGAUUUCAGGCCUUGUAGGUUUUGGCAGGUAAGAGGGCCCAAGGUAAGAACACGAGCUGAUGGGCACAGGCAUUCUAUACAUAAGUGGCUCAUUAGGUGUUUAUUUUGUUCUAUUUGAGAAUUUGUUUUAUUAAAUUAAUAUAAAAAUCUUUGUAAAUCUC